AUGGAGGCCUUAAGAAAUUAUGGGGUCGUCUGUCUAGUACUACUUGUAUUGGUAAAUAUUGAUGAGCUCAAAGGUGACGAAGCACACACAAAUGUCAAUGUUCUUAAUAAAAACAAUGCCACUUUUGUAAACCUCUCUAACUCUACUCAAGGUAUAAACGAAGAAGAGAAAGAAAAAAACCACAACUCCUAUAAUAAGGUUGUCAAAGGUAGUUUGUAUAAUAGAGGUGGUGGUGGAGGAGGAGGUGGUGGUGGUGGGGGAGGCAGUGGAGGAGGAGGUGGGGGAGGAGGUUCUAGAUGGGGAUGGGGUGGGGGUGGCGGAGGUGGAGGAGGAGGUGGUGGCGGCGGGAGUGGAUGGGGAUGGGGAGGAGGAGGAGGGGGUGGUGUUUGGUGGAAAUGGGGAUGUGGAGGCAAACCAAGACAUGGUAAAAGUAAGAGAUCAAUGGGGAGAAGCAUAUCCCAUUAUAAUAACCCUUACCCAUACAAGGUGGAAGAUUAUAUUGUGGGACAGUUUGCACAAUGCAUGGCAAAAACACGAUGCAAGGGAAUGAGAUUGGACUGCCCUCUACAUUGUGGUGGACCAUGUUACUAUGACUGUCACCAUAUGUGUAAGUCUCAUUGUCACCGACCCUGA